GUUAGACUGUGAAUGUAUCCCGUUCCUAUAACGUCUAAUUUUUGCAUGUCUAACUGUGACCAUUUAGUCUUUCCAUUUCACUCUCCAGUGCCCAGUCGAUUCCCCUCAUGUCAGUCCAAAGCCAGAGUCACAGUCAGGCAGUGCUGCUAGUGAUGAGGAGGAUGAGACGAACCCAAGGCCCACCUGCCCCGUCCCCAGCAGAAGUACCUUUUUGUCUGUGGCUAGAUCUGCAUGUGAGGAGCAGGCAGCUCAGGACAGCAUGCAGGGUUACAGUUCCCCUAGUACACCCACAAGAACACCCACAAGACCCCAGGCCUCAACGGGCACUUCAGUCAGCCGGGCCAGGAGGAGAGCUGUGUGCUUGAGCAGAGUGGAUGAGAGAGACUGCUUCCCUUCCCCUUCGUUUCAUGUAGACCUAAUUGAAAGAAGAUACAGGACGACAACACCAGUACACCUGCUGCACUGUUGUUCCCGCUCUGCUGGUGGGGAGAAGUGGGUGGACCAUAAGCCAUCGUCUAGCAUGGACUUGGGCACAGUUUUGCAGCCGGUCAUCCCCAACGCCAUCCAGGUGUCUGCACCCAGCGAGAAGGCUUUGUCCAAGUGUGACAGAUACGUGCUAACGCACCAAGAAUUUGCUUCCGACGGCGAGAUACAGACCAAACUUAUAAAGGGCGAUGUCAUCAAAACGAGAGGAGGGGGACAAGCUGUCCAGUUCACUGACAUUGAGACACUGAAACAGGAGCUCACUACAGUCCCAAGUUGGAAGAGGAAGUCUUCAGAAGGCGUGUCAGUCAGUGGAGAUGGAGCUUUGACUGAUGUGGAGACGAGGUGCUCUGUGGCUGUGGCGAUGAGGGUUGGAUCAAACUUGGGACCUGGGUUGGAGCAUCAUGCAGUCAUCAAGCGCAGAAAACCCUAAAAGCUGCUAACAGAUCAACAGUGACCACUCCCCUUUAUCCUCACCUGGCUGUUGUGCAAUAAUAAAAAUAAUAUUAAUAAAAAAAAUGUAUUUAAAA